AAAAAAAUAAUUCUCUCUUGUUCUUCAUCUUCUUUUUCUUUUUGUCUUUUCAAAUGGAAAAUAGAUUUAAAAUGAAAAUCUCUAGUUUGUUUAAAUCAUCAUUUGGUUCUUGUAAAUCCAAGAAUAUUUCUGAUGAUAUUGAUAAUAAUAAAAAACCAGUUUUUCAUACCCAAAAUCAUCAACAUUAUCAAUUAGUUGAUCUUUUCUCUCCCAAACCAAGUCCAUUUCCUUCCAUGUUUAGACACAAAUGCCCUCAAAAUCCACUUCCGAGCAGUGGUGUACGCAGAAAUUUUUUACAAGCAGCAACAUCAAUCUAUUGUCACAAUUCAAUUUUGGAUACAAAUGGACGAAAAUGCCCUCCAGCAUCACCACAUUUUCCUCAUGAUGAGUAUUCUCAAGAGAAGUGCAACUCCAAAUAUUAUGAAAAGAAUUCCAAGAAGAAAAAUAAGAAGAAGAAAUUCAAGAAAAUGACAAAUUCCAAAAUUAAAAAAUUUACUAAUUUUGAUGAAGAAUUUGCUAAUUUUCAUUAUAAAGGUCUUUUUAGUAGUGAUGAAGAAAGUGAAUUAGAUGAAGAUGACAAUAAUACCCUUUUCUCAUCAAGGUCAUUUACAAAUUCUGAUUCAUCGGAAUAUUCUCUCCGGCGAAAACCACGGCGGCGGAGGGCGGCGAAAGGUGGCGUAAAGGGUAGUCUUGCGGUGGUGAAGAAAUCAAAGGAUCCUUAUGGUGAUUUUAGAGAUUCAAUGUUGGAAAUGAUUAUGGAAAAUCAAAUAUUUGGUGCAAAAGAACUUGAAAAUUUAUUAGAAUGUUUUUUAAAAUUAAAUUCACAAUAUCAUCAUGAGGUAAUUAUUGAUGUUUUUACUGAGAUUUGUGAAGCUUUGUUUUCUAGUUUGUCUUAGGAAACAAAAAA